UCAACUACCACUUGUCAUUCAUUUUUAUAAAUUUAUUUCAGCCGCGUUGAAACAACAAGUUCCUUGCAAUUACAAUAUGUAGAAGAGACUGCAACGAAUAAUAAGUAAAUUCAGUGAAAAGCUGCAAUCGAUUCAAAACACUGUAGAAAAAAUUUCGUCAUUAAUAUAUAUUUAGCUAUCUUGGGUUUAUACCUAAAAAUAUGAAGUGUCUGUAUUUAAUAAUAUUAGUUUGUGUUACCUUAACUUCGGCUAAAAAAUACAAUGACGAGGAAAAGCCGGCGUGGGCUAAGAAAGAUAUACGGGACUUCAGCGAUGCUGAUAUGGAACGUCUCUUCGAUCAAUGGGAAGAAGACGAAGAUCCCUUACCUGAGGACGAAUUACCGGAACACUUGCGUAAGCCACCAUCUCUUGAUUUAACUAAGUUGGAUAUGUCUAAUCCUGAAUCAGUGCUACAAGCAACAAAAAAGGGACAAACCGUAAUGAUGUUUGUAACUGUUGCUAACAAACCAACUCGACACAGGACCGAAGAGUUGACUAAGAUAUGGCAGUCUGGUCUUUGGAGUGCUCAUAUACAAGCAGAGAGGUAUCUCAUAGAUGAUGACAGAGCUAUAUUUAUGUUUAAAGAUGGUUCCCAAGCUUGGACCGCAAAGGAGUAUCUUACUGAUCAAGACGAACUCAAAGAUGUACAGCUUGAAAGCCAAACUUAUCCAGGGAAGAAACCCGAUGUUAAAAACAAAUCUGUACGAGAUGAACUAUAAGGAUCUAAAUAUAUCUCAAUGUAUUACAUAAUAAGGAAACAAUAUUUUAUUUAUGUUUUGUAAUAAAACAUUUUUUUUUACA